AUGGAGGGCAUGGAUAAUGGGAACUGUGCUCUCACAAAUGGAAAAGAGGGACAGGUACAAGAAGAUGGAGAAGGAGAGGAGCAGGAGAAAGAAGAACAGGUGCAGGACCAAGAAGAUUUGGAAGACAGGGUACAUGGGCAGAAGCAAGAGGAAAAAGUGCAGGAACAAGGAAACGAUAAGGAUAAGGAUAAGGAGCAGGAACAUGAUGACCAAAAUAAUUUUGUGUUAGAGCAGGAGCAAAGGGAGCAGAUGCAGGAGGACAAUGGAAAUUGGAAAGAAGAAAAGCAGGAGCAAGAGUACCAAGUGCUGGAUCAAGAAGACAGUGAAGAAGAGGAACAGGAGGAGAAGAGAAUAGAGCAGGUGCAGAAGCAAGAAGAUAGGAAAGUUGAGGAGCAGAAGCAACAGCAGGAAGCCAAGAAAGAAGACAAGCAUGGGAUUGAACAGGUGGAUGGGGAAGAAGAGGAGCAGAAGAUGCAUAUGGGUGGUAACGAAGAGCAGGAAGAUGGGGAAGGAGGGGAACAUGUGCAAAAGCAAGGAGAUGAGACCAAAGAGAAGCAGAUGCAGGAGCAAGUUCAGGCACGAGAAGAUUGGGAGGAAGGGGAGCAGAAACAAGAAAAAGUGGAGCAGCUGCAAGAGCAAGAGCAAGGAGCUGGAGGAAAUGAUCAAUAUAAUAAUAUGCAGGAAAAAGAGAAGCAAAUGCAGGAGGGUGAUCAGUGGGAACAUGAAGAACAAGGGAAGAGUGAUGAUGAUGAUGGAGAAUGGGAUAGAUAUUGGAGUCGAGAGGAAGAUUGGUACCUGAAGAUGAUAGACAGAGUGUUUAGUGGAGCGCUGUCUUCAGAUUCAGUAAGCCUAAGCCCAUCGGUGGAUUCCGUAGAAGAUAAAGAUGUUGAUCCGGCCGUUAUCAGACCUAACGAUAUCAACAUUACACUCACAGAUAAUGGACAACAUAGCCCUUCUCUUGAUUCACCACAUUCUGCUACAACACCAAGCAGGGGUGAUUCUAUCAAGCUUUCAACACCAGAGGUAGAGAAGUUGAGCAUCAGGAGACUGUUAUUGGGUGGCAUUCUGGAGAGCGAGCAAAAAUACAUUAAAAGCUUGGAAAUUCUGCAAAAGGUAAUGAAGACUUUCAAAGCCAGCAUCAGCACAUCUACACCUGUAAUGACGGAGGAAGAAUAUGACACCAUGUUCUUCAGGAUACCUGAACUCCUCAAUGUUCAUCGUCAGUUUGUCCAUCACAUGGAACCAAAGAUGGAACAUUGGACUCCGGAACAGAUGCAGGGAGAUUCUUUUAAACUUCUGGCAAGCCAUUUUGACAUCCAUGAAGAAUACAUCGCCAACUACAAGCGUGCCAUGAGCACCUUACAACGCCUUCAAACCGAGAACGAGCUCUUCCGCAACAUUGCCCAGCAGGCACUCAAACUGGAAUCGGGAGAGAUGUAUACUCUAGAGGCUAUGCUAUAUAGCCCCCUCCAAGGUAUCACCAAGCUCACAAUGAUACUCAAUGACCUCUUGAAGCACACACCAGAGCACCAUGAGGAUCACAGUAUUCUUAGCCAAGUUCUUGAGAAGACCAGAAAGUUCUUCAAACAGGUUGAUGAUGCCACAAGAGAGAUACACAGUACAAAACAGAAGCGAGAGUUGGUUCGUCAGGGUUACCUCGUGGAAUGGACAGAGGGAGGGCGUAAACUAAGGAGAGUACUUCUCUGGUCAGAUCUUAUCAUUUGUGCUUCAAAAAGAAAUACCAGUGGUAUGUUCCAGCGUGACAAAGGCCAAUACGACUUCCAAUGGUACAUUCCACUCACCGAGUUGUCACUCACACCGAAUGAUCGAUGCGAAGCUGAACCAGAUGUAGUUGCCAAGAGUGAUUUUGAGUUGAGGCAGAUGAAGAAAGACAUCUCAGAACUACAAGAAAAGAUUAAAAGAGACAAGGCAGCAAAACAAUCAAGAGCAAUUCUGAAGAGUAUUGAUCAGAAAAGGAAACAAAUGGGAGAAUUGGAAGUUGGAUAUGUUCUUGAAUCUCCCAAGCUUCCAUUUCACUUAUAUCACCAUUCAGGAAAGACCUACACCAUUUUGAUGUCAUCGGACUAUGAGAGAUCAGACUGGAAAGAAGCCAUCUUGACAACGAAGAGAGAGUGCAGAAUGACGCCUUCUAUCACUCCAUACCACAUUAGCAAGCUUAUACCAAAGACAAGACGGGGACGAGAUUCCUAUGUCAACAUCAGCUCAGUUUUACUGAAAGACAAUGACGAGCUGCUUACGGGCAUGCUGCAUGUAAUAGUGAAAGAAGCUAGAGGGUUAACAGUCCCCUCCCAGUUGUAUUGCUGUCUGGAGACUGAUGCAUACGGAAUCUUCUCUCGUAUGGCAAAAACUAGGAAGACAUCAAAUACAAUCAAACCAAAGUGGAAUGAGGAGUUUGCUCUUGACGUGGAUGGAGCGAAGACGCUGAGGAUCCUAUGCUAUGAUUUCACCAAGGGUCUGGAUGAUGAGAUGUAUGACAAGGGUGCUGUCAGUCUUGCAAAGCAGGAUAUCAGUGUUACAGGAGGCAAGGAUUUCACCAUUCUCAUGGACCAGCUCCAAGUUGAUGUGACAGUACGCUUCGAGUCAUCUGAAAAGACUCUAAAGAGAGUUCAUUCAAGGAAGAAGAUGGGAGUCUUUGGGGUACAGGUUGGAACCUUGGCUCAUCGGCAGGGCAAGAAUAUCCCCAACAUUAUCACACUUUGCGUGGAAGAGGUCGAUAGGAGAGGUAUCCACGAAAUGGGAAUUUACAGGAUAUCAGGAUCAUCAGCUGACAUUCAGAAAUUGAAGAAAGCCUUUGAAAUAACAUUCCAUGAUCUGUGUGAAAUUACCGAAUCUGAUCGUCGGAACAUAUCUUCCAUGUUGAAACAGAGUGAUAUCCAUGCUGUAGCUGGUCUCUUGAAAGCCUACCUCAGGGAAUUACCCGAGCCGCUCUUUACCCAUGCUCUCUACCCACAGUUUGUAGAUGGACUACAAUUGACUGAUCCUGUCGCAAGGAAGAAAUGUUUCAUGUCACUGCUGAAGAGUGUUGUUGAACCAAACAGAACAAUCAUCUUUCUUAUCUUCAAUCACCUCAGAAGAAUUGCCAAAGAAGAAGAAAAGAACAAGAUGUCCCUUCACAACCUUUCAACCGUGUUUGGUCCUACGCUUCUCGGUCCUGCUGCCAUCACCAAUGCAUCGGGUAAGCCUGACAUCCUGGCCGAGAUCAUGGGCAUGUCCAGCGUCAUCUCGCAGGUUGGCAUCUUACAUUACUGCUUAGAACACUUCAGUGACACCACAGAACUAUUGGAGACUGACCUUUGAGAACGUAUUCUUCCAUUAGAUUAUUGCAUGUCUGGUUUCUAGUAUGUGAAUUCAUGCUUGGAGCACUUGCGUGACUCGUCAUGGAGAAGAACUGAUCAUUCCUUGUGAUUAUUCGAGUUUGAUGACUGAAAUCUGUAGGUCCGUUCAUGUAAGAACUGAUCAUUGCUUAGGAUUUGUCUUAUAGGUUUUGCUAUUUUGCUCGGAGCAAAAACAAGUGAUCAAAUUGAAGGUUAUGGCAACAGACCAAUUAUUGAUGGAUGUAGACAGAAGCGAACUGAUCAUUCUUAAGGAUUUCUCUAAUUUUUUUUUGCAUUCUAUAUGUACAUUAAUGCUUGCCACAUGUAAAUGACUCAGUCAAAAUCAUGGAUAAUAUUUAUGUGUACUUUUAGGUCUAAAAAAUCUGAUCAUACGCAUGUAUGAAUAAUUACCGGUAAUUGAAAUAAGCCACUAAGAUUCAUGGAGUUGUCCCUUUAAGGCUUGAUGAUUCCUUUUGAUUUUGUAAAUUUGCCAUUCUACAGUACCACAUGGAGCGUGUCUGUGACUCAUAUACAUACAAACUUAUCCUUGUGAUCACUGAACCAUUAAAAAAAAUCAAACUUGUGCAUUGCUUUUCAAAGCUUUUAGUAACUUGGCAAUUCUGUAAGAUGUAUGGUUUGUGGUUUACUGACUUAAUUUAAAACAGUAUGCACGCAAUCCCGAAAGGCUGGCAAAGGAAAUUAAUGAUUAUAAAAAAAAUUAAGAAACAUUAGAACAGAGAAUGAAUGAGUGGAAAGAUUUGAUUAGACUUUUGCACUUGGGUAUCUUACCCAAUUUAAUAGAAAGAAGAAAAAGGAAGCAAUAUUUCCAAUAAUGAAUGGUGUCCUUUGAUAUCAAAUGAUUGAUGAUGAUUGUAAAAACUUGGUGUUUGAUAGUGGACAUAUACAUAGACUGCCUUAAGCGAGUAGAUGUUGUGCAAAAUGUAUAGUAAGGAAGUGAAAUAGACAUAUUAUCAGACUAACAAUUAAAAAAAUGUAUAAAAAAUGAAGGAAUAGUAUUUCUAUAGGGAUGUUACAUGCUGGUGUCAAUAGCAAACAUUAUAUUUUUGAUACAUUUGUAUUAUCUACAUGUACCUUUGUAUUGAGUUAAACAGAUAUUGUAGAUGAUCAUGUUUUCCCUAAUUGUACAUUCUACUUUGGCAAGAGUCAGGAAGCACAUUCUUCUAUUAUGUUAUGAUUCAUAAUGCGCAGCACAGUGAUUUAUGUUAUAUGAUUAUUACAUGUAUAUCUACCAAGUCAGUGCAUCACAGAACACAAUAGGUGGUGUGUGUUAAUAGUGUGGGAGCUGUUUUGUAUAUGUAGGUUUUAUGAUCAUCCGUAUUUCCAGUUUAAAGAUAGCAAAUAUUUCUGGUUUACAUUUUAAUGAUAAUACAAGAACAUGCCAAUGCAGAUGGAAUAUACUAAUACAUGCAUUGCGAAUUCGAGCCAGAAUAAGAAUUUUUUUAUUUUCUUUCAUUGCUCACAUGUUUCUUAUUUUUAAUAUGGGUGCUGGAUCCAUUUAUUGAUAUUUAUAAUUCCAUUAUUUUGUAUUGCUUUAAAUAGAAAGCCAGCAGGUAUGGCAUUUGUAGAUUAGAAAAUUUGAUAUUGUACAACUCAUUUUAUAGUAACCACAGCAUUUGAAAUGUACCGGUACAUGUACCCAGUAUUUGUUCCAGAAUAGAGAAAUUUUAAAUUAUUACCGGUAUGGUGUAUUUUGUUACAUGUCUAACUUAAGAAUAUUGAUUUAGAAAUGUAUAGUUACAAUAUGUAUGUGUAAAUAUUGUAGAGACGUUGAAUAGAGAGAAAAAAAGAUGAGUGUAACUAUGUAAAUGUUUAAAGCAGAUUUUGAUACUAUACACACACAAGUAUGUUCACACAAAUGGGACUAGCAUGUACAAUACCGGUAUACAGUCUGUCUAUUAGUAGUGAAACAGAGAGAGAGGGGGAAAAUGGUGUUUUGUCUUUGAUCACAUUUGAGUUGGAAUCCACUGUAUUGUCCUAUUUUUUGCAUAUUACAAUAAUUCUUGCUUUAUUGCUUGUGGGGAAAUUAAUUGAAGUUUUGAAUAUUGUAGAUUUAAUAUAAGCACUUCAAAUCUUUUAAUUGAAUUUAAUUGCCUACUGUAGCUAUAUUUCUUAGUGGAGAGAUUUCAGUGCUGUAAAUAAUUCAUGAAAGAUGUAUUUUUCCAAACUAAUAAACAUCUAAUUUUUAACUUGGUGUAUGGCCUGUAGGCCUAUUAUUGGGCAGGUAACUCACAAAGUGUAAAUGAAAAAAUAAGGGAACAAGAAAGAAUGAUUUCAUAUUAUAUCCAUAUUGUAAAUAGCAAAUUUGGGAUAUGUUUCUUAAUACCCCUCAGUAUUUAUUCUCAGUAAAAUUCUUGGAAUAUUAUAUUUUAAUUUAAAGAAUAAAAGAUAAAUUGCCUUUAAGCCAUCCUUAUGAUGAAUGUAUCAUCGUAGAUUGGAAACUUCUAUAUGCAUGUAUACUUUACUUCUUUCUAUUUAGCAUACACGUAGGCAUGUUUCAGGGUGUGAACACAUUGUGCAUGGUCAGAAAGGGAGCAAUUAACAUGGAUAGAACUACAUUAUAUAUUUUAUUUCAUUCUUUUGCUACUAUGAUAUGUACAAGUAUCAGUGAAGUUGUCAAUAACAAUAGCAAGUUAAUAUUGUAAACUAUAUCAAAGACACUACAAGGGAAGACUUGGACACACAAUGGAGCAUGUAAUAAAAUGCUUUGAAAGUGCCCAAUUUUGUUUGGUACAAUGUAGGUAUAAAUUUGCAAAUUGUCAUUUGGAGUCGUGUAUAAAACAUAUGGGGAAAAUUGGAUAGGGGUGGGGGAGUAGGCAAUUUUGACACUUGAACAUAUUUUUCUAAAGUGGCAACAAUAUUAAAGACGAUAUACCUGGGAAAAAGGAGAGGUGUACCAGGCCUGCACCUCUAUCAUUUCCUGUACCGUAUAUGUUUUAUAAACCACCCCGUGCCAAUAAGUUUACCUACACAAUGUUGUUUGGCACUCUUCAUCAUGCAAUUGAGCAUUUGAAAAAAAAAUCCUUGGAGUGUCCCGUCUUCCCCUAGUAGUGUCUUUGUACUUUAAAUGUACCUCUUUUGACCAUCAAAUGAUUACGCAGGCCAUGGUAUCUGUAUUUUGCUUUCAAAGUUAAUAUUGUGUAGAUUUCACAAUGCAUAUUUUGCAAUGUCAAAGCUUGACUUUAUAUUUUAACUUCAUCACAUUUAUAUUCUGAAACAUACUGGUGAUUUUGAUUACAGUUAUGCAAUUAUGUGUAGCUUGGUUUGCGGUAGUAUUACUUAUUUUAGAAAAAAAAAUGACUGCUGUUUUGCAGGGAAUAUAUCCUGUAAUGCAUAUGAAUAACAGGUACAUUUAUUUAUGUAAAUUUUGAUAAUUUUCAUUCUUUACAUCAAUAAACUGAUGCGAUAGUAAUUUUUGUUGUUGUUCAUUUAGUGUACAUCCUAUAUUUCCCAACACUGUAAAAUCUUAUAAUCAUUUCCUUGUGAAUUCCAUAGGAAAGCAAAUGUAUGAUUUCAACCUUGGCUUAAAAUGUAUGCCACAGGAAUUUGUAUGUCAAUAUUUGUUUAUCUGUAAUCUUGUAAGAAACAUGAUUUUAAACAUUUCUGCUAAUAAUGUUGAAAGUGCCUAAGCAGUGCAUAAUAUCCAACUAAAUACUUCCAUUUUUAUCCUUGUUUUGAACAACUUUCUUCCUGACCAUGACAUUUUUUGCAACUGUAAUCAUUUUUUUUAAUUAAUAGGUGCUUGACUUGCAACCAUUUUUGUUGUGAACAAGAGCAAGAGAAUUUGUAAUUUCUGUGUGAUACAUUUUGAAAUGUUAUCUUUUAAUAACAUUAGCCUCUGCAACACUUGUAUACUGUACUUAUCUCAGACAAACACAUUUUUAUGUCAAAUCUGUUCUUAUAUGUGAUUCAAGUCAAUGCACUUGGAAAUUAAGCAUACCUUAGUUUUGUUGAGAGGCAAAUUUUCUCAUUUCCCAACAGAAAAUGGGAAAAUCAGCAUGAUUACAAUAAGUUGGAUGCAGAAAUUGAAAUGUGUGAAGAACUCUUGUAUGGGAGAAAAUAAAUCUCGGAUGUGUAAUCUUUUAAAUCACAUUUUGAGUGGUCAAUGGUACAAAUGAUUCUCUGAUGGAAUUUACAUGGUUGGAGUUGAAGGUCAUACCUGAAUAUGUGAUAGGCUUAAAGGAUGUUUAGCAGUCAAUGGGAGGAUUAUAGUAAGCUGUGUUUUAUUAAUUUCAUUGCAGAGUUUGUAACUUAUUGAGUUUUUAAGUAUAUUUAAUGUGAAGUCAUAUUGGUCUUGUUUUUGUAUGAUGUAAUAGGUUACCUAUUUCUGUAUAUGAUAUAUAUACUCAGAAAGGCAGAAAGGAGAAUGUUUAUAUGGACAAUAAAGUCACUACACAUUUGUAUUGAA